AUUUAUUUAUUUUCCAUGCCAUCCGUGCAACAGGUUGCCCAACUGCAUUCACCAGCGACCGAUGAGGGCGAAACUGUAAACAGAAAACCCCCAAAUAUGUUUCUAAGAUAGCUAUGCGCCUGCUGAUUUUCAUGCUGCUGCCACUGGUGGCCAUCGCCCAAGGCGAUGACUACUGCUUCAGCAAGGACAACUCCCGCCUCCAGACCCGCCAAUUCUCCUCGAAGACCGCCUAUCAGAUCGUCAAGGGCACGGACAUUGACAAGCAGUACCUGGUGCCGGAUUGUCAGCCCCAGAAGAUGUGGAUCUUCCACAGGCACGGCACGAGGUUGCCCAAGAAGAGCAUGAUCAACAAGGCGUCCAGGGUGGCCGAGCUACGCGAUCUCAUCGUAAGUAACUAUCAAGUGGCCAAGACAAAGCCGGAAACGGAUGCCCUGUGCCAGACGGACUUACUCGCCAUUAAGAUGUGGAAGUGGAACAGCAGCAUAACGCCCGACAUGGAAGAGUACCUGACUGCCCAGGGUUACGAGGAUCUCAGGGGAACAGCCAAGCUGUAUCAGCGGUACUAUCCCAGUGUCCUGACCCCAACUUACAACGAUACUUAUUACCAGUUCCGUCACACGGACACCCAGCGCACCACGGAAAGUUUCAAAGCCUUCGCCGAGGGUCUUUUCGGAUCGCAGAACUCCGCCCAUCCCGUCGAGAUUCCCCAGCAGGAUCUGCUGCUCCGUCCCUAUGACUAUUGCUCGUCCUUUAAGAAUGUAAACUACAAGGGCGAGGGCUCUGAAUACCAGAAGUUCCAUCAGUCUAAGCUUUAUAACGACACCUUGGUGGACAUCUCCACUCGGUUGGGUUUCCUUUAUACCGUGGAGGAGGAGGACAUCAAGCUUAUGUACGAUAUGUGUCGUUAUGAGCAGGCAUGGAACGUGGACCGGAACAGUGUGUGGUGCGGAGCCUUCCUGCCGGAACAAAUAACUGUCUUCGAGUAUCUGGAGGAUCUGAAGUACUACUAUGGAUCGGGCUAUGGAUUUCCCGAAAACGCAAACCUCAACUGCCGACUGGUACAGGAUCUACUGAUCCACUUGAACAACCCGGUGUCGCCCCAUGUGGUGGCUCACUUUGGCCACUCCACUGGCCUUUUGACACUGCUCACUGCCCUGGGGAUUCAAAAGGACGACAUCAAACUGAGAGCAGAUAACUACGAUAGUAUGACCAGCAGGCGUUGGAAGGCCAGCCUGAUCGAUCCGUUCGCCUCCAAUUUCGUGGCUGUGAAGUACGAUUGUCCGACGCAGUUGGAUCGCGAGAAGGUUGUCUUCUUCCUGAACCAGCAGGCCGUUCAACUGGACUGGUGCAGCGUAGGACUGUGCAAGUGGUCCGAUGUCCUCGAGAAGUACAGGGAAAUUGCGGACGCGGAGUGCGGCGAAUACUACUGCCGGGCAGGCGGUGCACCGUCGCUGGGAGCCGGAGUACCUGGACUUCUGGCCACCGCGCUCGCCGCCAUCCUCGUCUACUUAAUGCACUAACUAUCUUUCGAUUAAAAUAGUUCUUAAUUUGUAAUGUACAAAGUUCGUACCAAAAUGUAGGAUCGCCUUGCCGAGGCGGAUGUCAGUCAAGUAUUUUUCGAUUAAGAUUUUCUACUUUUAAUCCAGCAAAAAAAGCACAAAACUUCCCACAGUCGAAAAGAAACACCCAAAACAAACACACUCCCGGACACUGAAUAUUCAUUUUAACGAUUUUUCUAGAAGCUUAACGAACGUUCACAGCGCUGCAGUCAGAAAUAGCUUUAUAUUAACUAAAUAAAAUGAGUAUUUAAAAUAUGA